AUGGCUGCUUAUGCAGCUCUGACUUCGCUCUUGCAUAUCUUAGAUGAUAUCAAGCAUCAUCCUUUCCCUCCGAUUUCUAUCGACGAACAACAACUUGAAUCCCUCACUCAAACUCUUACCUCCUUGCAACAAUUUCUUGAGACCUAUAAUUCCCCUGUUGCCAACACAAAAGAAGCCGAUCCAUUGGAGAUUCGUAUUGCAGAAGCAGCAUAUGCAGCCCAAGAUGUAAUUGAGUACCAUAUUGUGGACAUGAUCAAGCUGCGCAAAUCCAGUGGAGCUUAUCAUGGACGAAUACACUCGAGAGGAGAAACCAGUACUUCUGCUGGCUCCAGCACUCAAAGUAAUCAUGACAGGAAAAUCAGUUACGUUGAUAAUCUUUAUCGAGGUUUGAAGAAAGUUAUAGAAGACAUGGAUUUGGUCAAGAAGGAGGCGAUGGAGAUAUCUGUGUCUGAAGCUCAGCUCCAGAGAAGAGUCUCAACAUCUGGUGGUUCGUCAAGAUCUUCAAUCAUGGUGGGGUUUGGUGAUGCAUCACAUGAAAUCAUGGACAAGCUCACCAACGGAGUAGACGAUCGCCAACUCCAAGUAAUCCCUAUUGUAGGGAUGGGAGGGAUUGGUAAGACCACUCUCGCUAAACAUGCUUAUGCACUACCAUUUGUUAAGGACCGUUUUGAUAUUCGUGCAUGGGUUACAAUUUCUCAAAAUUUUGACACAAGAAAAAUUCUUUGUGAGCUGCUUUCUCAAGCCAACAAAAAAAGCAAGGAAGAAAUGAGUGGAAUGAGUGAAAAUGAAGUAGGAUUAGCACUCCACAAAUAUUUAUUCAAUAGAAGGUUUUUAAUUGUUAUUGAUGAUAUGUGGAGUGUUGAUGCAUGGGAUAAGAUGCAAAAUUUCUUACCUGAUAAUUGGAAUGGAAGUCGCAUAGUGGUGACGACUAGGCAAUCAAAGUUGAGUUCUCAAUUGAACAACAAUUAUUGCCUUCGAUUGAAGUUAUUAGAUGAGGUUAGUAGCUGGGAUCUAUUCUCCAACUCUGUGUUUGGGGAGACCUUUAUUUUGACGUUUCUAACUUAA